UUUGCAGCUUAGUUAAGGAACAAACCAAACCCACACACACAAAAUGGCCUUAAUCAUGAAAUACAUUGACAGUAUGCACCACUACAUGGAUAAAUACGGAGAUCCCCGGACAAAGGAUUGGCCCCUAAUGUCAUCUCCCUUCCCCACACUAGCGCUAUGUUUAGGAUAUGUUUACUUAGUCAAAGUCCUAGGCCCAAGGCUUAUGGAAAACCGAAAACCAUUCCAGCUACGAAACACCCUCAUAUUGUACAACUUCGUGCAAGUCGUCUUCAGUGCCUGGCUGUUCUACGAGAUCGGUAUAUCGGGUUGGCUAACGGGACAUUAUAACUUCCGAUGUCAGCCAGUCGACUAUAGUAACCACCCUAAAACGUUAAGGAUGGUGCACGCGUGUUGGUGGUACUACUUCUCCAAGUUCACGGAAUUCUUCGAUACGUUCUUCUUCGUGAUGCGCAAAAAAACUAGUCAAGUGUCGACGCUGCACGUUAUCCACCACGGAUGCAUGCCCAUGUCCGUGUGGUUCGGCGUCAAGUUCACCCCAGGUGGCCACAGCACCUUCUUCGGACUGCUCAACACCUUCGUACACAUCGUGAUGUACACGUACUACCUGUUCACGGCCCUAGGACCCCAGUUCCAGAAGUACCUCUGGUGGAAGAAGUACCUCACCAGUCUGCAGAUGAUCCAGUUUGUCGCCAUCAUGGUGCACGCCUUCCAGCUGCUGUUCAUCGACUGCAACUACCCGAAAGCCUUCGUCUGGUGGAUCGGAAUGCACGCCGUCAUGUUCUUCUUCCUGUUCAACGAGUUCUACCAGAGCACGUACAAAGCGAACAAGCUGAGAAAAGCGGCAGCCGCCGAAGCCAGACGGCUGGCAGCAGAAGAAGCCAAACUGCAGAAUGGCAGUGCUGCCAGUAGUAACGGUAGCGCCAUCACUGCCAACGGACACCACGGGAAGAACGGUUCGGUGCACCAUCACAGUAACGGCAGUGCCACCUCCAACGGCACCUCGUUACUGUCCAACGGCGUCGGCAAUGGCAACAAGGCCGCCGACUACUACGUUCGGGGCGAUCUCCCGGCCGAGAUCGAGAUCACGCAGCGACAACCCAGCAGCCGCAAUCAGGUCCAAUAAUAGCGAAUACGAUAAAGCAGACACUUCCCCGUACGGGAGGCGAUAGUACACUCACAAAUACCCAUACACACAUACACAGACAAUAUGCAAUCCAACAUACUUCCCUGGCUUCCUUUUUGCUCCUCUCAACGAGAACCAAAAGUUCCCCUUCCUUCCUUCCCUAGUACACUCCUUCACGCAUACAAAGCGCAGUGGUUUCUAUUGUUAUGAUUAAUUAAUUUAUUGUGAAACUUCUUUAAUAUUAUUAAUUCAUAAACCAACACACACAAACCAACACAAAGACACACACAGAAAAUGUGCAUGUGAACUCGCUGUCAAGUUUUUAUUUGUAUUUCCAGUUUUUUUUGUCAAUCUCUUCUUCGAUCAUACAUACACACUGAAACAUAUUCACACCAAAUCGGGAUAAAAAUCGUCAACAUUCGCAAUAAAGUGCAAGCAAAGUAUAUUUUAUCGAGAAUAAAAAAUGCGAAACAUGUACACACCGAAAAAAA